UUUCUUUUCUUUCAUUCUCACAUUUCAAGUUGCAUGCAUGCAGGGUUUUCCUUCCUUCUUCUCUCGUCAAAAACGAGAAAAUGGAAAGUUCCCAGGAUGCCCGCACAGAGAGAGAAGAAAACCUUCAUUCUAUCAUUUCCAAGAUAGCGGACAGUGCAGAUAACAUUCCUGAAUCGGGAUUGGUUGACAGUGACUUUCUUAUUGUUGCAACUGAACAUGGAAGUUUUAAAAGAAAGUCUGAACACAGUGAACAAGACAGAAAUAAAAUUCCAAAAGAUGAAGUGGAGCCGGGGGUCAAAUUCAUCAGUGACGAGAUCAAGCCAGACAUUGACAGCAUGGCAGUACAGAUAUUCACUGAUCUGCCUGAGGACAAUCCUUUCCAGCUUGCAGACACUGCACAAGAUGACGUUCUUGUUCAUCAGCAAACAGAACCUGUUUAUCAGCAGUUAACAAUAGAAGAUCCACGCAAUGAUGUAGCACAGUCAUUGGAAGAUUCCUUGAACAAUGUUCAAGUAACCAGCAGCAGCCCUGUACCAAUGCCUCAAAUGGCUCUUGGAUUGAUCCCCACAACCAAUGUGACACCUCCUCAGGCGUUGUCCACUGAACAAAUCAAUUUGCGAUUUCAAAAGAAACUUGAAGAUUUGGAACAACAGGUCAAAGUUCUUCAAAACCGAAAUCUCGCCCUAGAGGAGUCCUACAAGAAGCUAUCUGACCUGGUGGAAGCCCAGAACCAUUUGCUGGCAAGUGGAGGACCAUUCAUCCAGCGCCUGGCACCCACCAUCCCCCAGGAAACCUUCGUUGACACCAGUCCAAAGACAGAACCUCUAGGAACACCUUCCGUGACACCCAGAACGACGAUUGCAAGCGGGACGCCUUUGCUUGCCAACUUACAGCAACCACUAAGGAGCGGUCUGCGCAGUUACGAGCUUCCAAGAAGAGUGUCAGCCAAAGAGGUGCUCAACCUGUGGGAUCAUGGCUGUGACGAGUUCCCACCCUUGAAAGACUGGACUCCCACACAGAAGCUGAAGCAGCAGAGCAAGAUUUCACGCUGGAAGAAGCUUGUGGACAUCUUCAAGGCUGACUACGGUGGUGAUAUGAAGAGUUUUGAAGAGAGCUUCUCUGACGCUAGGGGCGAAAUUCUACCCGUGACGACAAUUUUAUCGUUGUAUGAAACUCAGCAGACCCCGGCCUUUCUCGCUAAAACCAAGCAAGACCUCGAAGAAGGCGUGCCUUCUUCAAGUGGAGACGGCAUUCAAGAUCUGGACGAAGACGCAAGGAAGGCGAUGGCACCCAAAUCUCUAGAUUCCGAAGCGGAAGAUACAGAGGAUGCUGUAGUUCACUCUGAAUCGAAGCUAGAAAAAGUUGUGGACAGCUGUGUGACACAGCCAUCGGCUGAAGUACGUUACUACCUUCCGAGAAAAGUAACGCCAAAUGACAUUGUUCGCCUCUGGGAGGAAGGCUGCGAGGAAUUCCCUCCGGUGUGUCAGUGGUCACGCGCUCAGAAAAUUGGUCAAGAGACGAAAAUAUUUCGAUGGCGUAAAAUCGUGGAGAUCUUUAACAAGGAUUGUAACAGGAGCUGGGACGCCUUUUAUGGCAAGUACGCAAACGACCGAGGUCAUCUCUUGGCAAUUUCGUCCAUCAUUGCGAAGUAUGAUGCGGAAAACGCUACUACGGGACCCAUUUUUGACAUCCCCGAAGCUCGAAGCCGUUUAAGUACAGCCAGUGACGAUCAGGACGACAAUUUUGCGGGCGAACGGUCGCCCAUUGCUGCCACUUUCAAUAGCGGAGGUGGGGUUAAGACUGAAGGGUCGAGCUCUGGGGAAGGAAGUAGCCAUGUUUUACCUCGGAAGGUCACAGCCAAGGACAUUAUCAGAUUGUGGGAAGCAGGCUACGGCGAUCUUCCGCCACUUCAUCGGUGGACCCCCGCACAGAAGGCGGGACAGCGUAGCAAGUUUUCGCGCUGGACCAAAAUAUACGACAUCUACAAAUACCACUGCAAAGGAGACAUGAGUGUGUUUGAAUCGAAAUUCUCGGACGAGCGCGGUGAGCUGUAUCCCGUCACUACGAUAGUUGCCAUGUUCGAUGCGUGGGAUUCACCGUCGAGCUUGUCUAGUCCGUUCUCAGGCGCGGUACCCAGUCAGAAAACGGGAGAAGGGGCCGAGAAUGAGAUCUAUCAGCUCCCACGCAAAGUCACUGCCAAGGAUGUGGUUCAGCUGUGGGAGGAAGGCUGCGAGCUUUUUCCACCGGUGAGCAAAUGGCCGAAAAUCCACAAAGUAGGACACGAAACGAAACUUUUCCGCUGGAAGAAAAUCGUAGAUAUCUUUCGCAAAGAUUGCGGCGGAAGUUGGGAGAAGUUCGAGGAGAGGUUUUCCAACGCGAAAGGAGAACUUCUGCCUAUAUCCGCCAUCUUGUCUAAAUACGAUUUGGAAAAUGAGCCGCCAUCGUACUUGCCAAAAAGUUUCGUGUCCGGUUUUAAUGGGUCAAGCAUCCUACAAAAAGACAAUGAUAAUGGCGAACAAAACGAUCAGUUACAAGAUCAAGACCAAGAUAAAGAGAUCGGCAGUGACUCGGAAAUGAUGGACAGCGAAGGAACUUCUCCGUCCAAAAAGGGCGCCGAAUUUAUCCUCCCAAAGAAAGUGACGGCACUCGACGUCAUCUAUUUGUGGGAGAACGGCCUGGGCGACAUGCCUCCGCUGUGCCAAUGGACCCCGGCUCAAAAAGCGAGUCAGAGGAGUAAGAUUUCGCGCUGGAAUAAGAUUGUGGAUAUUUUCAAAUACGAGUGCGGCAGCGACAUAAGGAAGUUCGAGGAAAAGUACAGGGACGAAAAAGGUGAAUUGCUGCCAAUUACCAACAUUUUGAACCUCCACGAUGCCCAGGAUAAACCAUUGUGAGUCACACAGGCUGAAAUGCUUGCAAGAUAUGUACAUCGUUGAUAUCUGUGUGAGAACCUUGAAGAAAUGCGCUCGGUGUUACAUACCUUAUAAUUUAGGCACCUCUCUGCUAACAAAAGCACCCAAAGGAUUGUGAAAAAUACCAUUCUACGAGCAUGUUAAACGUUCUUCGAAUUAAACACCUUAGUCCAAAUAUACGUUUCAAUUUCAACUGCUCCCCAAGUCGUGCCUAAGGAGUUGUGUUUAGAUAUAACAAGUCGUUUUUGCGAUGUAAAAGGCGGUACCUUCAAACAGAAGGAAGUCUCAAAAUGAAUAGUUUUCAAACGUAGGAAGACAGCGAUUUGGGAAGAAGUAACCAAAAAGAAACAGCGGUGGUUAAGUUUGGCGAACACUGAGACGAACUGCGAACGACGAACUUGAAACAUUUGGUUAAAUAUUUCAAGCUCCGCCGCAGUUUCGUGCAGUUUCUAUACUACACCGUUGGUGAAUUUGAGCACUAAAACAGCAUCGAGAGGUUAGAAAUGACCAUUGUGAGAUAUAAGUCGGGGAUGCGACUAAAAUUCAACGUUGUACAUCGAAGACGACACAUAACUGUUUGUCUCGGUCUUCCCUGUUGACGUCUGUACGUUGCCACAUUAAAGGCGUAGAUACAUUUAUACAUUAAAGCCCAAUGUAGAAACUUGCGUGACACACCAAAAUGUCGGUUAACAAGCGUGACUCAAACGACUUCGUAAAGUAGUACUAGUGAGUGCCGUGUAAAAGGAGUUCUGCUGGCGGGUAACGAAAAUCACUCGCAAAUGAUUUUGCAGGAGGUUCCAUCAUGGUAACCCUUUGGAAAUAUUGUAUAUAUUGAUAAGUGCUGAGAUUCGUACUUUGUUUGGUCAAUACAGUUAUCAUAGUGUUGUAUAUUUUACUGACUGAUUUAGUCAGUGUUGAUUAACUUGCGCCAAUAUAUUUUAAGUUGACGGCGUGCAAAUAAUAUUUUUUAAGAUUUUUUUUUAAUAAACGCCAUUGAUGUA